CCUCAUGCAGGGGGGGCUGGUGCGCGCGCUUAUCUUCUCUCUUCACCACGCCUCUCCUUCGUAUAACACCGCAGGAUUACCGGGUGUUACUCCUGAUGAUAGCUGCCAUCACCUCACCACUGAAUGACUGGUGUGCAGCAGGCGAUCAGUGACUCGUCUCCGGGGACAAACAGUCAGUCCGUCGACUUUUCCAGCUUACAACCACUACCAAGGCGGACGAACAAUUGAUUGAGUUAACAUGUUGACGGUCUCUGAAAGAGUGAAUGUGACCUCUGCGCCUGUCACUCAUACCCAUGUCCAGAAAAAUCUCACCAUGCAGUCCUUACCGACCUCAUCCUCCCCAUUAGGCAUGGAAUACGACAGCAUGGCCAUCGACCACGCCAACGACCAAGGUGAAGCCCUAUCCGCCACCGAGGAGCUCCUGUACCCAAGUCUCGAAUCAUCCGUCGACUCGCCAGCAUCGACCCCAACCCCCGCCACGCCGCGGUCCGAAUGUCCUGCUCCGCGAAGCAUCGCGGCGAUCGACACGCCUGUCGUCGCCUCGGGGGUGUUGCACCAGGACGCGGAUCUCGCGCUUGACUCGUACAUCGGUGUUGGGGUGCUGCGGAAGCCGAAUCUCAUCUAUGGUGGUGCUGAUGAGGUGGCAGCGGCGCCGGCGCCGGCGGUAGGAGCGGACGGGUACCCGGCCUCCGAGGUCAUUAAUCUCGAGAGCCAUCAGUGGAUACGCACGAUCAGUUUCACAUACCAGGAGGAACAUGCGUCGUGGUGCGGGGUGCGCGUCUAUGUCCUGCCGGACGAUGUCGGGCGUAAGGUUAUUCCGCGGUCGAAUGGGACGUUGCGCCGGGCGCUUAAGGUCGUUAUGGAGAGGGUUGAUCGCUCCGAUGAGGCGUGGAUGGGUGAGUUUGUUGCGGAUUGGAGUACUUGUGGUCCGACCACGAAAGGUGGCGGGUCCGGUGGGGAGAACGAGCGCGAGGAGGAGUCUCUUUGGUACAUUUUCAACACCCUGCAGGAUCCGGCGCCGCGGGCGGAUGUGAUGAAGAAUCCGUAUGCGAGGAGGGCGAUGGAGCAGUUGCUUACCGUGGUGGCGGCGUCGCCGCCCCCGCUCGGCGUGGAGUGCGAGGACUCCGGGCCGGAUUAUUCGGGCGUGCUGGGGCUCAAGACGCCGUUGUAUCCUUAUCAGCGUCGUUCGGCGGCCACGAUGGUCCAGCGCGAGGCUCAGCCGGCGCAGAUGCUGGAUCCGCGGCUGGAGGCUCGUACGAGCCCGACGGGUCAGGAAUACUACUAUGAUAAGGAGGAGGGCCGGAUUUUGCGGGAGAAGAGGAUGUAUUCGGAAGCUUGUGGAGGGAUUUUGGCCGAGACUAUGGGCUGUGGCAAGACGCUGAUCAGUCUUGCUGUGAUCUUGGCAACACGCGGGCAUUUCCCAGAGAUUCCAUUGGAGUAUCAGGAGCUGGGCAACCCGGUUCGAAAUUCAACUGGAAGCUUGGUCGAGAUGGCUGCCGCGGCAGCAGGCCGGUUCUCGCUGCCGUGGAAGAGCCAUUUCGACGAAUUGGGCCAUUACGGUACCUCGUAUAUCAGGUGUGUGGAAGCCUGUGAGAGGAAUCGCGGCGCAUAUACUAUACCUCCACCCCCAGCCAGACAUGGAGGGCGCAGCGGCGUGCCGUACCCAAGGCCUUCGCCUCAGAAGGUGCGCCUCUCUUCCGGUACCUUGAUCGUCGCUCCCCCGAACCUGGUCAACCAUUGGCAAAAGGAAAUCGAAACACACACCCAGGGUCUCAAGGUGCUUACCCUGCGGAACAAUAGUGACCAGAUUCCCUCCCCGGAUGAGCUGUUGCAAUAUGAUAUCCUCUUGUUCUCCAAAGUCCGCUUUGAGAAGGAGGCGGGCGAACCGGCCCAUUUGACUCGUCACCUUUCUGAACCCCCUACGUCACCUUUGACCAGGAUCUAUUGGCUGCGGAUCAUCGUCGAUGAAGGCCACAAUGCGGCCGGUAGUGCACAUCGGUCGAACAUGGCUCACAUCCUCAGGCAGCUACACAUCGAGCGGCGGUGGAUUGUGUCCGGAACCCCGUCCAGCGGACUGUAUGGAGUGGAGGUCAGCCUGGCUUCGCAGGAAACUCACACCAGCGACACCGAUUUGACUGAGGCUACGACAGCUGUGCUGAAAGGCCGAAAGAAGACCGGCAAUGCCUGGGACAGUGAGCUCAAGGACAUGGAUAAACUGCGGCGGAUUGUGAUCGAUUUUCUGGAGCUGAAACCCUGGUCCAACUCUCGGAAUCGGACUGACGACCAGGCUAAUUGGGUGACAUACAUGACGCCUGUAGGCUCUAACAACAGGCGGCGAAAAGCCCCAUCACUUCGGGCGACUCUGCAGAGUCUCGUCGUCCGUCACCGAUUGGAUGUUAUUCACAAUGAGAUCACCCUCCCGAGACUUUUCAACCGAGUCGUGCACCUGGAGCCUACAUUCUACGAUAGGAUGAGUCUCAAUUACUUCAUCUUCAUACUGGCAGUCAACGCGAUCACCUCGGAGCGCAAGGAUCAAGACUACAUGUUCCACCCUCGCAAUCGGAAGCACCUCAGUCUGUUGAUCAGCAACCUUCGCCAGGCGGGGUUUUGGUGGGCCGGUUCAGAUGGCGACCUCUCAAGCACGAUUGAAAAUGCUUCGAAGUAUCUGGAAAAGAAUAGAGACAGCAUGGCAGAAGACGAUAUUAGUCUAAUCGAAGAGGGCAUUCAAAUUGCUGGACAAGCGCAAACCUGUAGCAGCUGGCAUGCAUUCAAGCAGAUGCAUGAGCUCGGAGUCUAUCUCGAGGAUUUCCCUUCCCAUGCUCGAAGCAUGUGGGCUCUCGAUAAAUCAAGCACAGAGGCUGAGCCCCUGCUACUUGGCAUCACGCAGGCCCAUCACGCACAGCGCUUCGUCACCAAACAACUGAACAUGCCCGACCCAGCCGACGGGCUCGCUGGCGCGGGCAUCCGCGCGCGUCGCGAGCUUACCCUCGUCGGCAACGAGGGUGACAAUUUUGAAGUGAAAAAGACCACGCCGGACAAGCCGAUCAAGAGCAAAUCCCCGAAGAAGACCUACAGCAAGGGCCUGGUCAAGACCUUGUCGCCCGAGUCACCGCUCGCGCAAACAAAGCUCGUCGCCACGGCGUCGGCCAAACUGACGUACCUCCUGGACCAGAUCUCGGCCUACCACAAGGACGAGAAGAUCAUCGUGUUCUACGAGAAUCCCAACACGGCAUACUGGAUCGCGGAGGGGAUUGAACUCCUCGGAAUUGAUUUCCGGAUCUACGCGCAGACCCUCAAACCCGACACCCGAGCGCAAUACCUAACCCUCUUCCGGGAGUCCGAGGAGGUGCGCGUUCUGCUGAUGGACCUCCGCCAGGCGUCGCACGGGCUGCACAUCGCCAACGCCUCGCGCGUCUACAUCGUCAACCCCAUCUGGCAACCCAACAUCGAGAGCCAGGCCAUCAAGCGAGCGCACCGAAUCGGCCAGACGCGCCCUGUCUUCGUCGAGACGCUCGUCCUAAAGGACACGCUGGAAGACAAGAUGCUGCGCCGGCGCAGGGCGAUGACGGAUAGUGAGAUCCAGCACGCCGAGCGCGACCUACUGGACGACAGCACCAUGAGCUCGAUCAUCCAGAACGAGCGCUUCAUUCCGAUGCCGGAGAACGAGACGUGUUCGCGGCUCGCAUAUCUGCAGCGGCCCGCGGGCUUCUUCGAUCGACACAAGCUUGCAAUCGCCGACGACGAAGACGUCGCCAGUGUCGAGAUGGCGUCUUCCUCUUCUGCCCCCAGAACCCCGCCGGCACCGCCCAAGAGGAAACGCACGCGUCUCGUCCCGGUGCGCCUCAGCGAGAGCAACUCCUCCGGACCGGACCUCGUCACUCCCAAACGGCGGCGCACGGCGGCCCCUAGCGUGGGGUUCAUGUCGUCCCAGGGGAUUCUCAUGACGCCUCCGCGGAGCUCGAAGUCUCCGCGGCCGACGUCAGGUGUAGGUGUAGGUGAGCCAGCGAAUAGUCGCCGCGGCAGCCCUGAUAGCGGGAGGAAGAGGUCAGGUAAGAAGUCAGUGUCGAUCCUCGGACCUACGUGAAGCAAGCUGUAUAGGAAAGGAAUUGGGGAAGAUUCAUUCAAGAUGUAUACCAC